UUCCUUGCUCAGAUCUGCAGGACUCAGGCCCGUGAGCGAGGCGGGCCCAGUGUUAGAAAGCCCGGCUGCCUGGUACAGGAAAAGAGCCCAUCCAUCUUGGGCAUUGGCCUCCCGCCGGCCUCAGCAAUGGGGAACAUUAUGGACGGUAAGUCAGUGGAGGAGCUGAGCAGCACCGAGUGCCACCAGUGGUACAAGAAGUUCAUGACUGAGUGCCCCUCCGGCCAGCUCACCCUCUACGAGUUCCGUCAGUUCUUCGGCCUCAAGAACCUGAGCCCGUGGGCCACCCAGUACGUGGAGCAGAUGUUUGAGACCUUUGACUUCAACAAAGACGGCUACAUCGACUUCAUGGAGUACGUGGCGGCGCUCAGCCUGGUCCUCAAGGGGAAGGUGGAACAAAAGCUGCGCUGGUACUUCAAGCUCUACGACGUGGAUGGCAACGGAUGCAUCGACCGAGACGAGCUGCUCACCAUUAUCCGGGCCAUCCGAGCUAUUAACCCUUGCAGCGACUCGACCAUGACUGCAGAGGAGUUCACCGAUACAGUGUUCUCCAAGAUCGAUGUCAACGGGGAUGGGGAACUCUCCUUGGAGGAGUUCAUGGAGGGCGUCCAGAAGGACCAGAUGCUGCUGGACACACUGACCCGAAGCCUGGACCUUACCGGCAUUGUGCGCAGGCUCCAGAAUGGAGAGCAGGAUGAGGAGGGGGCUGGCAGUGGGGAAGCGGAGGCAGCGCAGGCAGCUGGCUGAGUGAGCCCACCGCGCAGCUGCUUCUGGACUGGGAAUGUGUAUGUGGUGGUGCCUGGUGUCUCACUGUUGUUUUAAUACUAGAGUCUACUG